ACCACGAGCAAAUUGCAAAUUUAAGACUAGACAAUUAAACCUCGUCAAUUACUAGCACUAGCUAAGAAAAGAAAAAUGAAGGUUGAAGUUGAAGUAAUCUCCAAAGAACUCGUGAAACCCUCCUCUCCCACCCCCAACCAUCUUCGUCAUUACAAUCUCUCCUUGCUCGACCACCUCACUCCCCAACUCAACAACUCCAUGGUCUACUUCUUCGCUGCCAAUAAUGUUUCAAACCAAUUCUUAAACACCUGCACCGAAAAUGCUUCCAACCACCUCAAGAAAUCUCUCUCAGAAGCCUUGACACAUUACUACCCUCUUGCGGGAAGACUCGUGGACAAGGCUUUCAUAGAGUGCAACGACGAGGGUGCCCUCUACUUGGAAGCCAAAGUGAGGUGCAAGCUCAACGAUGUUGUGGAGAGUCCUAUCCCCAACGAGGUUACAAAUUUGUUACCCUUUGGAAUGGAUGAUAUCGUUGACACACCCCUUGGCGUUCAACUUAACGUUUUUGAAUGCGGUGGAAUAGCCAUUGGUGCAUGCAUGUCCCACAAGAUUGCUGAUGCUAUGUCCUUUUUUGUGUUCAUUCAAACUUGGGCUGCUAUUGCACGUGAUUACAAUGAAAUCAAGACACAUUUCGUUUCUGCCUCCUUAUUUCCCCCGAGGGAUAUACCUUGGUAUGAUCCCAACAAAACCAUCACAAAACCUAACACUGUGUCCAGGAUAUUUGUGUUUGAUGCUUCUGUUAUAGAUGGUCUUAAAGCAAAAUAUGCAGAAAAAAUGGCUCUGCAGAAACCCCCUUCACGAGUUGAGGCUCUAUCAACUUUCAUAUGGACCCGCUUUAUGGCUUCCACUCAGGUUGCAGCAUCUGAGAGCUCUAAAUUCUACGUGGUGGCUCACACUGUGAACCUGCGUUCGAGAAUGGACCCUCCACUACCAGCACAUGCUUUCGGGAACUACUAUCGGGCUGUUAAAGCGUUUCCAUCACUUGAUGAUAAAGGGGAAUGCUAUGAGCUGGUGGAGAAGCUGAGAGAAGAAAUAAGGAAAAUUGACAAUGAAUAUAUUCUCAAACUUCAGGAGGGCUCUGAGUACUUGAGCUCUCUUAGAGAAGAUUUGCGCAGAUUCGAGAAUAUUAAGGGGGAAAUUGUGCCGUUUACCUUCACUGCUUUGUGCAGGUUUCCAGUGUAUGAUGCUGAUUUUGGCUGGGGAAAGCCAAUUUGGGCAUGCCCACCUGCAUGGAAAGUAAAAAAUGUGGUCGUUUUUACAGAUACCAAGUUUGGUGGUGGCAUUGAAGCACAUAUCAGCAUGAUGGAGGAGGAUAUGGCUAGAUUUCAAAAUGACAAGGAGCUCCUUCUACAUAGUUCUACUAAAUAUCUAAAUUGAUACAGUCAAUGGGGGGAGCAAGGUCUUACGUAUUUGUAAUUUAUGACUGCAUGCAUGUCCUAUUUAAUUUCUAAACGUGUUGUUGGUUAUUGAUAAAAUUCCUCAAGAUCUUGUCUAUCUUUAAGCCAUAGUAUACCAAUAAAGGAAAUGCUUGAUAUUUCUUAA